AUGGAGAGUUUUGUCUAUCGUCCUUUUGUCAUGUAUCAGAGCUUCAGGGGCAGCCUCACGCCAGGCCGCAGCAGGGACCCAGCGGUGAAGCAGCCCAGCUGGAAGCAGAGUAAGAGCGGUGUUAUCAGCCCCUUACUCGGGGGGCCCUUCACUCCCAGGCCUUCUGACUACCUGGACAGCUACCGCCAGAGCCAGCUCCAGGCCCUCCUGUCGCAGGUGAGCCCCGAACUGUUGGCGCGGCUACCCCGGGCCAGCACGAAGGAGGUGGGCGUACAGGUGAGCCUGCGGACGGACGCCGCCGUGCAGUGCUCGCUGGGGACGCGCACGCUGCCCGUCGGCCGCCCCUCUGCUAUUCGGACCCAAGGGCACCUUGCCUUCUAUUCAUCCGUGGCCAAUGGCCGGCUCUUCGCGCUGCCUGAGGCCACUGGACCGCAGAACGACAAGGCAUCCGAAAUGACCCCCGAGAAACAAAAGGAAGAGGAUGGUGGCGGGGAGCAGCAGGAUGGCCAGGCGCAGGCUGCUGUGCCGAGUGAUGAGACAUCAGAGAAACCACGGGAGAACGCCGCGGACCCCAGACGCCGGAGUCCCUUCCAGUUUUUGGAGCAGAAGUAUGGCUACUUCCACUGUAAACACUGCAAGACCAGAUGGGAGAGUGCAUACGUGUGGUGCAUUUCUGGAAGCAACAAGGUGUACUUCAAGCAGCUCUGUCGCAAAUGCCAAAAGGGCUUUAAUCCUUAUCGAGUGGAAGCAAUCCAGUGCCAGACCUGUUCAAAGACGCGGUGUUCCUGCCCUCAGAAGAAAAGACACAUUAACUUCAGGAGACCUCAUCGCCAAGAGCUUUGUGGCCGCUGCAAAGGCAAAAGGCUGUCCUGUGACAGCACUUACAGCUUCAAAUAUGUUGUCUGA